AUGAUUGAUCAGUCUACGACGACAACAGACCAAGCGAAGAAAACUCCUAGCCAAGAUGCACAGGGUCGAUGGUAUGAACUACUAUCGCCUGGACAGAUCUUGACUGGACAAGAAAAUGGUGAUAUACAUAUCCUCGAACGACCACAGCAAGCAAUGGGCGUCACAACGACGAUAAUUCAGGGGAAGAAAAAGAAGAAGUGUCGUGGAAAUCGAAAGGCACAACGUCAACGACGAAAGCUACGUCGUCAGGAAGAAAAGCAGCAGAAGAAGAGAAAUGUGGUUGAUACAGAUGAUGAUCUUAGUGGUAGAAACGGAGAAGAAGAAGAAGAUGCACAAACAUCUUCUGGCCAAAGUCAACCAUCGACACGAGGUGGAACGAAGCGUAAACGUCAUGAACUGAGCCAUAAUGAUGUCAGACAUCUCUCUCAAUCACUCAGCCAGUUGUCAGUAUCACGACAACAAGUGAAAAAACAGCCAACGGCAGGGGCGAAGGAUGAUGGAGCAUGUCAUCGAAGAACGGCAGAUGACGUCAAUCAACUGGUCACUGGACAAUUCGAGAGCAUAUCAACUACGAUCAAGAACUGUCUUCGAGAUCAUCAAAUGUCAGCAACAGAUGAUCGAGCGAAACGAGCAUUCGAUGCUCUGAAAGAACUCCUGCAGAAACUCUAUUCGAAACCAACGGGGGAAAAGUUGACUCGAACUGCUCGACGAGAAUUGAAAGUACUGCGAAGUAUUCGACGAAUUCUACAGAAUCGACCUGAUAUUGUCAUUCGUCGAACUGAUAAGUGCAAAGUCUUCUAUAUCGGUCGAGCGAGAGACUUUGCACGCACGACAGAAGAAUACAUGUCGAAGACGGAAGCUCAUCAAGAGAUCACUACCGGUCGAUGUCCUCUGGCUGAUAUUUUGCAAGCUGUGCAGACAUUACUCAGUUAUCUCUUGUCGAAAAAUGCUCUGACGAAGAAACAAUGUCAGAAUAUUUCACCUAAACUCGACCAGCUAGAGAUAGCUCAUUAUCACGGUUUGCCAAAGCCGCACAAACCUGGAACUCUUCUAAGACCGAUCGUUGCAUCGAUGCAUGGUCCAACAACAGCGUUGUCGAAGUUCUUGAAUGAUUUGCUGGCACCAAUCUUCUUGAAAGUGGCUCGUCAAACGACAUUCGUCAAUGGGAUCUAUGUGGUUCGUCAGCUAGCAAAGUAUGUUGCUGAUGGUCAUCUAACAGCAACGACGAAAUUCAUCACUGCUGAUGUGACGGAUUUGUAUACGAUGAUUCCUCGACAAGGUGCCUUGGUAGCACUGGCGCGAUUCUGCGCCAAACAUUCUCGAUGGGGAAAGAUUGGCACAUUGACGAUCGAUCCCAUCAUGAAAAUGGCUCGAUUGAUCCUGGACACAAACUGUUUUGCUUACAAUGAGAAGUACUAUCGACAAGUUCGUGGCGGAGCGAUGGGUUCGGCAUUCACACAAGUGCUGGCGAACAUCUAUAUGUUGGAAUGGGAACAGGACUUGAUUCAGUAUCAGUCCACUAAGAGUGAAAUUUAUAGACGAUAG